CUUCUUCUCCCCUCAUGCACCGACACCCGGAAACGACUCAGCACCGAACCCGGAGGCUUCACACUGACACACCACUGAUUUCACGAAGGCUUCGGAUCCGAGACUCGGUGCGCUUGAAAUGGAAAGUCAGAAGCAGGUGAUCGAGAGACUUCGGGCCGCGUUCCGGUCCAACAUGACACUUCCGCUCCAUUUUCGUGCCGCUCAGCUGGAGGCUCUGCUGUCUUUACUCGAGGAUAACGAGGCACAGAUCUUAGAGGCACUGCAUAAAGACCUCAUGAAGCCCAAGUUCGAGGCAGUGUUAUCAGAAAUCGACAUGGUGGGCAAUGAGCUUCGUUAUGCCAUCUCUAACUUGGAAUCCUGGUUGCAGCCGAGCUACGUGGCCAAAAACUUGGCAACAAAACUAGAUGAUUGCUUUGUACGCAGAGAACCUUUAGGGGUUGUUUUGAUAAUCGGAGCAUGGAACUAUCCUCUCCAGCUCAUUUUCGCACCGCUGAUCGGUGCUAUCGCUGCAGGAAACUGUGCCGUUCUGAAGCCCUCAGAAAUCAGUCAAGCGACCGAGCGACUCCUUUCAGAGCUAAUACCGAAGUACCUGUCUCAGGAUUGCUUCGCUGUUAUUUGCGGAGGAGCAGAGGAAACCAAAUUAUUGUUGCAGAACAGAUUUGAUCACAUUUUCUACACAGGCUCUCAGGCAGUGGCACGGAACAUCCUGCAGGCAGCCGCAGUGCACCUCACCCCCGUCACUCUGGAGCUGGGUGGAAAAUGCCCAUGCCUCAUUUAUGGCCACGUAGACGUCAAGGCUGCUGCAAAGAGGCUCGUUUGGGCCAAGUUUUUCAACGCGGGGCAGAGUUGUGUGGCCCCAGAUUAUGUCCUGUGCACAGCAGAGAUGCGAGAUGCACUAAUUCCCAUGAUUGUGGAAGCGUUGGAGAGCUUCUAUGGGCCUCAGAUCCCGAAGAGCCCAGACUAUGGCCGAAUUGUCACAGACAGACACUGGAACAGACUCACGGAGCUCCUGAAAAAGUCUCAAGGAAAGGUGGUUAUAGGAGGAGAAGGCAUCAAAGAGGAUAAAUACCUUGCUCCCACAGUGAUUGUGGAUUUGACCGAAUCGGACGCUCUAAUGCAGGAGGAAAUUUUUGGCCCCCUUCUUCCUAUCCUCACUGUGGAGUCUUUAGAGCAAGGCAUCAGUUUCAUCAACGGGAGAGAGAAGCCACUGGCGCUCUAUGUUUUUUCGGAUCAGUCUCCGAUAGUGAAUACAGUAUUGGAGCAAACCACCAGUGGAGGGUUUUGUGCAAAUGAUGGAAUCGUUCACAUGACACUUCCUGGUUUGCCUUUUGGAGGAGUAGGUGCAAGCGGGAUGGGCAAUUAUCACGGCCGCUGGGGCUUCGAGACGUUCAGUCACAGACGGGCGUGUAUGCUGCGAGGCUGGGGACUCGAGCGCAUCAGCGCGUUACGUUAUCCACCAUACCAAGAGAAGAACCUGGGCUGGCUGCGCUGGGCCACACAAGUCAAAAAGAAGGGCUGGGGAGGAUGCAGCGUCAUGUGAGACUUUCGUCCUGUUCGCUAAACGUAUGGCUUUUUAACAGUAAUUCACUUCCGUUUGCUUGGUUUCCUUUCAUUGACCAAGAAAGAAAGCUAUGCACUGUUUGUGUGCUGAACACUGUGGAAGUCAAAUAACACACUUUCUUGCUUCUCUUAAUUAAAACAUUUACUAGAUAAGUCUUUGGUACAUUUGCAUUAUGUAAAUAAAGUUUGCAUUGGUCACCUUGUGUGUUCCUGUGAACUGAAACUUAUCCUUAAAAAUAAAAACACUAUACACUUCA